UUUAAACUGUCCACUUUAGAAAACUGCUACCAACUGUACGAUUUGGGCUUCAGAAAAAAUGACCUGUACAAUAUUUACUUGAACGGAAGCACUAAGUUGGAAGUUUAUUGUGACUUGGAAAAUCGCGAUGGCGGGUGGACGGUGAUUCAGCGCAAUAUGGAUAAUCGAACAGAUUUUGAUCGAGUGUGGAUAGAUUAUAAAACUGGAUUUGGAAACAAGCUUGCCAGCUUUUGGAUUGGGUUGGAAAAUAUACGAGAAAUGACAAAGAAUGGAGACAACGAACUUCGGAUAGAGAUGACAACUUGCGACUAUACCAAAAUCGUGGCCGAUUACUCUACUUUCAUGGUCGGUCCGGAGAGUGACAGAUACAGAUUAAACAUCACGGGUUAUCAACACCAACAAGGGGUGGGAUGCGAUUAUAGGAACUCGAGUGCUCGUUGGCCAUGUGGAAAGAAUGGAAUUUCUGAACAGGAUUGUGUCGAAAAAACAGCUG